AUGACAAUUCCUGAGAAAGAUGUAAAUCUAGAAAUCUAUACGAAAUUUACUACGGAAUCAUUUCAGCUAAAAUUUUGUACGUCAAAACGGAAGGACUAUGCACGUAUGAAACCGUUUAUUAAUCUCGAAUUAUUUCAUGUCGUUGGCAAGGAUAUCAUAUAG